CGUCACAACAUUCGAUUGUUGUUUUGAUUUUUGAGCAAAAAACUUUCGCGUUGACUGAUAGAAACAGAUUCUCGCGAAAAUGGUCAUUUACGGCGUUUAUAUUGUGAGUAAAUCCGGCGGGUUGAUAUUUAAUCUGGAUCACAACGUGCCCAAGAUUGAGACGGAACGGACCGAGAGCUAUCCGCUGGAGUACAGCUUGGAGUACGAGCCGAAGAAGGUUUCCGUCGCGUUUGGGCAGAAGGAUGGGGUGAAUGUGGGCCACGUGCUCGUCAGCGUCAACGGGAUCCUCGCCAACGGCUGUACGCUGGAGGAUGGCCGCGACAUCAAAGAGCUAAUCGAAAACAAGGACAACUACCCGCUGACGCUGAAGUUCAGCCGGCCAAAGAUGACGACGAAUGAGAAAAUAUUCCUCGCCAGUAUGUUCUAUCCGCUGUUUGCGAUCGCCAGCCAGCUUAGCCCGGAGCCGAAGAGCAGCGGCAUCGAGGUGCUCGAAGCGGACACGUUCCGGCUGCACUGCUUCCAAACGCUGACCGGGGUGAAGUUUAUGGUGGUGGCGGAAAACAUCCAGCCCGGGAUGGAUGUGCUGCUGCGGAGGAUUUACGAGCUGUACGCGGACUACGUACUGAAGAAUCCGUUUUACUCGCUGGAGAUGCCGAUACGGUGCGAGUUGUUUGACACAAACUUGCAGGGGUUGCUGGAGCAGGUGGAGAAGAAUGGAAUCGCUAGUAUUUAAGGAAGAGAAUAAAGCAAGUAUAUUAAAGUAUAAGUAAAGUAUAA